AUAUUUCGUACCAGGUAGCGCCAGCAUAUAGUAUUAGAGUCCCUAUUCCGUGGUAUAUCAUCCAAGCGCCCAGCCAUUUUGAGUCCUUUCCGCGUGCGGUUUUCGUAUAGGGUUGAAGAAACUCAAACUACCAAAAUGGUUGCACAAAAGAAGCAGAAAAAGGCUAUGGAGAGCAUCAACUCCAGACUUGCUCUCGUCAUGAAAUCUGGAAAAUUUGUGCUGGGCUACAAACAAACGUUGAAAUCUCUCCGCCAGGGCAAAGCAAAACUCGUCAUCAUUGCGAACAAUACUCCACCCCUAAGGAAAUCUGAGAUAGAGUAUUACGCCAUGUUAGCAAAGACUGGUGUCCAUCACUAUACUGGCAAUAACAUUGAGCUGGGAACUGCGUGCGGAAAAUACUUCAGAGUCUGCACCCUCUCUAUCACGGACCCUGGAGAUUCAGAUAUCAUCAAAUCUAUGCCUACUGGUGAUCAGGCCUAGGUUUUAUGUAAUAUUUUAUAAACAAUGAAACUACUGAAAAGUCAUCCAAA